AUGAAUGAAAGGAAUAAUACUAUAAUAAUAUUUAAAGUAAUAAGAUCAAAGGUAUUGUGGAGGCAUAUACUAUCGUUCUUACCAACCCUCACAACAUGUACACACAUACAAACCAAAUACAAAGAUCUAUCAUACAAAUCAAUAUCCUAUCUAACCUAUCGUAAUUGUAGUUGUACCAGUACGAGUACAAGUGACAUUAUUUCAAGCAAUAAUAUUAAUAGUAGUGAUGUUCUUGGAGGGGGAGGAGGAAGAAUCAAUCAAAAAGAGAGAAUUGAACAACAACAGAGAUCAUUUAAUCAAAUAUUCAAAUACAAGUUGUUGGAAGUGGAUGAUGAUCAAAAGUGUCACUUUAUAGUGUACUUUAGAGCAUUGCCUGUACUACUACGUAAUUGUAGGGAUGUGGUGAUACUGAAAAGAUUGUAUACACAGUAUCCCUAUUACUUUGGGUUACCUUUGGUACGUGGACACAUCGAGCUUGGUCAAUUGGACUUGACAAGUUCGCUGGGGUCGUUGGGAGACUGCAAAGAUUCAAAGAGUUGGGUGGUUGACAAUGUGGCAGCUAGUAAUAGUUUGGAUUGUUUGCUCUAUACCAUUAGAUCGAUUGGUAUCGUACCAACUAAUCAAACACUGGAUAUGGCAUGCGAAUACGGUAGUUUAAAGGUACUAGAUUAUUUACAUAAUUCAUACCCUCUCUUAAAACUAGAUAGAGGGUUUGAAUUGGCAUCACUCAACGGUCAUUUAGAUGUUGUUCGCUUCCUUUUGGACAAGAGGACUGAGAUGUAUACAUCGAAAAGUCUACUUGCAGCGUCACGGAACAAAGACAAGAGUACGAAUAUGGCCAUUGCAACAUUGCUGUUUGAUAAUAUCGAGAGACGGUGUUCAGACUAUUCAAGCGGACCACUUCCAGAGUUUACGGGAGGUUUGGUGGAUAGUGCAGUCUUGUCGGCGUCGGUUGAGAUGGUCGAGUUGUACUAUACUCGUCUUGGACGGGGUGCCAUCACCCGGCUGGCACUUGACCAGGCUGCCGAACUCGGAUAUCUAGAUAUUGUCAUGUACCUCGACGGGGUUGGCGCACCCGCUUCGACCGAUGCCAUGGAGUACGGUGCCAAGAACGGGCAUCUCGACAUUAUCACCUAUCUCUUUGAAAAGAGGUCAGAGGGAUGCACCAAGGGUGCCAUGCAAAAGGCUGCUGCUGGAGGAUUCCUCAAUAUUGUCCAAUUCCUUCACACUCACGAGGAUGCCGUCCUAGGACACUCUGGACGCACAUUCGAACCGGCACUAGAAUGCGCAGCAACAAGUGGAGUGAUGCAAGUGGUACAAUUCAUGCACCAAAUUCGAAACGAACAAAAAGUGAUGUUAACGCCAGUCCGAAUCAUUCAACAAGCUAAAAGUGACUAUGUCAACGUCAUUAAAUACUUGUUUGAGAAUGGGAUAGUCAAGCCAAUCAAAAAAGUCAAUGACCACCACCAAUACCAAGAAAUCAUCGAGGCAGUACUCGAUCAAGACAAUCUCGAGUUGUAUAGGUAUAUUGUCGAGUUGUAUAAUAUUGACACUCAUCUCACACAACCAAAAGACAAGGAAGGGGAGGAAGAGGAGAAAAUUGAUACAUUUACACCUUUUUGGAAAUCACUUUUACAUCAUUGUCGACGACAUGAACAUCCACAUGGCAACAUUAGAUUGUGGUUGCUCAAGACCAACAAAGACAAUUUGUCACCUAGACACUAUGCCACCCUUCUCAAUCAUGCUGAACUAUGUUUGUUACAAGUGACAGAAUCAAUCAAUGAACUGGUCGAGUUGGCCCUUUCAAACGGUUCAGUCAAAUGCUUUAAAUACCUACAAGAAAAUUGUCAAUUACAAGAUCAAAUCAACCCAUCAAACAAAGAAAGGAUAAUUGAUUUCUCAUCUUGUUCAAGUUCAUUAGAUCUUGUUCAAUAUUGUUAUUUAAAUUAUCGUGGCGGUGAACAUAUUGAUGGAAUUCAAAUUGUAGCAAGAGUUCGUAGUUAUUUCUUUCAAACAAUUAAAAAUGGUGAUUUUGAAAUUAUUAAAUUCCUCAUUGACAAUCAUAUUCAUUUACCAUUGCCAUUGGUCGAGGAAUUGUAUGGUAGCCAUGAACCGAGAGUGGCUUGGGAGACUCCUUUUUCACUCAUUGACUGUGCUGCCAUGUCCAAACAUUAUGAAGUAUUAUUAUUAAUCAUUCAAACGUACCCAACUGUUUGUCCAACAAAGAUAGCAUUUAGACAAUUAAAAAUAGAACUUGCACAAUACACACUCAAAUUAAAGAUUGUAUUAAAGAAUUAA